UUUUUGACACUGUUAAUUAACAGGAAAAAAAGUGUAGCACACGCGCAGAAAAAAAGAGUGAACGGCGGCGACCGACUCCGGCGCCGCGAAUCACCACCACCACCCGUUGACUCCGGCGAUGCCGCCCCCUUUCCUCCUCCCCGUCCUCCUCCUCGUGCUUCCCCCCUCCCCGCAGGCCGCCGCCGCCGCCGAGGACAUCUGCAUCGUCGGCAGCGGCAUCUCGGGCGCCUCCACGGCCUUCUUCCUCACCAACUACACCGCCCCCUACCCGGCCCCGCAGCUCCGCGUCUUCGAGCGCCGUGACAGGGUCGGCGGCCGCCUCGCCACCGUCACCGUCGCCGGCGAAGUCUUCGAGGCCGGCGGCUCCAUCAUCCACCCGCGCAACCUCCACGUGCGCCGCUUCGCCGACCUCCUCGGCCUCACCGCCAAGACCGGCGGCGACGACGACGAGGACUGGCUCGGGAUCUGGGACGGCGCCCGCUUCGUCUUCAAGACUCUCCGCCCGCCCCCGCCGGGGAGCUCCUGGCUGCGCCGCAAGCUCCACGGCCUCGCCAACUCGCUCCUGCUGCUCAGGCGAUAUGGUCUCUCUCUGCUCAGGAUGGACAGCUUCGUGCAGGAAAUGUUGCAAAAGUUUAUGCUUUACUACAACGGAUUCGAGUCCCGGCCUGUGUUCGACAACGUUGAGGAGAUGCUCAAAUGGUCAGGCCUCUAUGGGCUCACUCGCAGGACCCUAGAGGAGGAGCUCAUUGAUGCCGGGCUGAAUACUCAGACCAUAUCAGAGCUUGUCACUGUAAUAACAAGGAUCAACUAUGGACAAAGCACGAGCAUAAGUGGUCUAGCGGGCGCUGUGUCUUUAGCUGGCUCCGAGUCUGGACUGUGGUCUAUCAAAGGAGGCAACUGGCAGCUAGCUGCUGGGUUGCUCAAGACUGCUAACGCCACUCUGCAUCUCCAAGAAGGCAUAGAGUCAAUCUCUGAUGCAGGGGAUUACUAUGUUCUGAAAUCGAAUAAAGGUCAUGAGUAUAACUGCACGGUGACGGUUGUUGCAACGCCCCUCGAUGAGGUGAACAUUACGUUUAUCCCUCCGAUCUCUAUUCCACCAAGGAAGAUGCAGCAUACCCAUACAACCUUCGUCAGAGGCCUCUUGGACCCUAAAUUCUUUGGUCUGAGUUCCGUGUCCGACAUUCCAGAGCUGAUAGGAACCAUGGAGCUCCCUGAUAUCCCCUUCUCGUGCAUCUCAGUUCGGAAGAAGCACGGCGAACAUGACAUGACUUACAAAAUUUUCUCACGUGUGAAGCUGGAGGAUGCUUUGUUGGAUCAGAUGUUCAGCACAAGGGAGGAGACCAUCCGGAUAGACUGGCCUGCUUACCCCCAUUACCAGGCCCCGGAGGAUUUCGCACCGAUCAUACUGGACGGCAGGCACCUGUACUACGUGAACACCUUUGAGAGCGCGGCGAGUGCCAUGGAGACAGGGGCCGUCGCCGCGGAGAAUGUGGCGAGGCUCAUCAUCUCGAGGCUGCCUCUCGGGUUACGAGCCGGGCUCUCGUCGGCGGCGGUACCUGAGCCUCAUAUUGAGUCAUCUGCCGGCGAGGAGGAAGGUCCCCGGCGUGUGGAUCUGUGAGUGGAUGUGGAAGAUGCUUACUAGUUUUGAUGCCUGGGAUCACUGCAGUUUUCUUUCAGUACCAGUUGUUCCCUCAUGUUUCCCUCGGUGACAUCAAUUGCAUUCUGGCUGUGGAUGAAUGUAGAGUGUAGGAUGAAAUUCAAUUUUACAGAUUCAGGAGCUGUUGUGCAUCCACUAUGUAAUACUCUGCGAAAAUACAUCACCAGUACAUCACCUUGGUUAUACCAUGUGCCGAGGCAUGUAUUUUCCACAUUGUCAACACACAGCAUUGUGUAGACAAUUGAUGCUACUGUGUAUUAGACCCAAUGAAUGUAUACAGAAAUGAAAGUGGGAGUAUAUUUUUUAUUA